AUGUGUGACCAGACCUUUUUAGCAGUUGUAUUUGGUCCAUGUGACAAGUGCUUCAAAGAGAAGCCCCUGAGGGCUGUUUACAUCAAAUCAGAACAACUCAGCUACUGCUCACUAUGUGUGGAAAUGAUGGCAACCGAGGGGCUGCACGAAAACGAGACCUUGGCAUCGCUGAAAAAUGAGGCCGAGAGCCUGAAGGGCAAGCUGGAGGAGGAGCGAGCCAAGCUGCACGACGUGGAGCUUCACCAGGUAGCAGAGCGUGUGGAGGCACUGGGCCAAUUUGUGAUGAAGACCAGGAGAACCCUGAAGGGCCAUGGAAAUAAAGUUCUCUGUAUGGACUGGUGCAAAGACAAGAGAAGGAUUGUGAGCUCUUCCCAGGAUGGGAAAGUGAUCGUGUGGGAUUCCUUCACUACGAACAAGGAACAUGCAGUGACGAUGCCAUGUACCUGGGUGAUGGCAUGUGCAUAUGCCCCGUCUGGAUGUGCCAUUGCUUGUGGUGGCCUGGACAACAAGUGUUCUGUGUACCCUCUGACAUUUGACAAAAAUGAAAAUAUGGCUGCAAAGAAGAAAUCAGUUGCAAUGCACACAAACUACUUGUCUGCCUGCAGCUUCACUAACUCAGACAUGCAGAUCUUGACAGCAAGUGGCGAUGGAACUUGUGCUCUGUGGGAUGUUGAGAGUGGGCAGCUUCUGCAGAGUUUCCAUGGUCAUGGAGCUGAUGUCUUGUGCCUGGACCUGGCCCCUUCUGAAACGGGAAAUACAUUUGUCUCUGGGGGAUGUGACAAGAAAGCCAUGGUCUGGGAUAUGCGGUCCGGUCAGUGCAUCCAGUCAUUUGAAACCCACGAUUCAGAUAUCAACAGUGUCAGAUAUUACCCAAGUGGUGAUGCUUUUGCCUCUGGAUCAGAUGAUGCCACGUGUCGUUUAUAUGACCUCCGUGCAGACAGAGAAGUAGCAAUUUAUUCCAAAGAGAGCAUCAUUUUUGGAGCAUCCAGUGUGGACUUCUCUCUCAGCGGUCGCCUGCUGUUUGCAGGCUAUAACGAUUACACCAUAAAUGUCUGGGAUGUGCUGAAAGGGUCCCGUGUGUCCAUUCUGUUUGGACAUGAAAAUCGUGUCAGCACUUUGCGGGUCUCUCCCGAUGGGACCGCCUUCUGCUCGGGCUCCUGGGACCACACUCUGAGAAUCUGGGCUUAACCUGAAGUUCUGUAUGCAGAACCAUAUGAAGACUGACACUCUGGACUAAAAAACUGCAUUAAAAAGCUACCCCUCAAAAUCAACUAUUCACUACACUGCAAAAGAGUGACACUGAACCCACAAGUUAACACAACUAGGUAGUGUGAUCUGCUUGAACACAUAGCAAACAUCAACUAGUAGUAAAAUGGAAUGUGUCUAAUUCUGUUUUGAAACUAUCUUCUUUUAUUAGAACUAGUUCAGAGAAAAGUCCCUUUAUAAUUAUCUAAAGUCACCUGUAUCAUAGAAUUGAGUAUAUCAGUGCACAUUAUGUAUUUAUUUGCAUGAAUUGAAUUCCUUUUUAAAGUAAAAAAAAAAAAAUUAAAAAUCCUGAUUUUAUCAGGAUGUAGCAUAAGACUUUGGAAACAUUCCGUGGUAGUGAAUUGAAUUUUGGUGAUGAAGAGAAGAAAAAAAAACAAUACUGGUAUUCUGUGAUAGUAUUAUGGAUGACUGAACCUUGGUAGUAAGUAGAGGAGCAAAGGAGCUACUGUGAAGGUACUGGCUAUUGUCAUAAAAAUGUAUUUUUUGUACAGAAAAGGAAUCCUUUCAAUCCCUGUUUUUUCCUACUGUCUUUUUAGAUAGAAAUAAGUCUUUCAUCUCUGUUACCUGAACUGAAAGAAUCUAAAUAUUUACACACUGAUAAGCUGCAAAGAGGGAUAUAAACAUGAUUUACAUAAUCAUGAGGUAAUACUUAACCAGUAGUUUCUUAGAAAUUUUUAAUUGUAUCACUUGGUGAGUGAAUUUUCUUUUACUUAAAAGAAUACUACAUGCUAAGCACUAAGGGAUACUACAUGCUAAGCACUAAGCACUGGCUGUACUGAUGGUCAGAUCUUUUCCAAGCCAGUCAUUGUCAUUCUAUGAUCAUGAUUCUUAUUUGCAUAUUGAUCAGUUCAUGCCACUUUGGCUGGACAGUGUAGCUUAAAUGUGUAUUGAGAGUAUAUGCCCAUUUUAAGGUCCUUCUGCAACAUCAGAGCAGUCUUAAGUUCAGCCAAAUCAUACAGUUCUUACUCUAUCAGCAAUCUUCCACUGGUGUGGACAGAAUUAAGAUUUAAUCAGAUAUAGCUGAAGUGCAGCUACAUUAUAGAACUUCAGGAAAUUAUAUCUGUUCUUACAUGUUGAAAGCGAUUGAGAAGGGAGUGGGUCAGACUCUGCUGAGUACUGACAGGUACUGAGUCUAAUCUGAGCAGAGGCACUCUGGGAGCAAAGUGCUGGAGUAAUGCUGGGGCUUGCACGGUCUGACCUUUGAAAUGAAAGUGGUGAGAUGCAUCUCUCAAAAGAUCAAAUAGAUGAUUUAUACUUGGAUUGAAAUGAGAAAACAGGCUCACUGGAGUGAGCCUGGUCACUGGAGUUGGCUGUUCUUGUAAGUUUGAUAUUUUCUUUCUAUUUGAAAGUGGGGAAUUUUUUUUUUCUUUACAAUUCUUGGAAAACUGUAUUAAACCAAAACCUCCUCAUUCAUGAAAACGUUAGGUUCCAUGAAUCCAUAAGCAGUAAACCUAGGACAGUGACACCUGUAUCAGCCCCCCAUCCUUAAUGAAAUAGUUCAUCUAUUUUCUUUUGGAAAAGUCCACUCUUAUGCUUUGCAAUAUUUGUGGCAAACUGUCCCUGUAAUGGACUGAAUGCACUAUGGAAAAGUCAUUGGAGCUCACUGUGCAAUAUCGAGUCAAUACACUGUACACAUUUGGUUCAAAAAUUAAUGUCUAGAUAGUAUUUAUGAGUAAGAUGUUUGUUUCAAACAUACAACAUUGUGUUGAUACUUAUG